UCAGGGGGCUGGGUGAGACACAUUUGUUGUCUAGAGAAACAGUCCAUGCUCACUGCCUAUGGUUGCAAUUCGGAUUUAUAUGAUUCGUAGACCAGUCUAAAGCCACGAUCAGCUUGUCAAGUGUCAAUCAUGGCCGACGAGGUGAGGAAAAUUUCGUUCGGCUUUUCAAAAUCGGUAAAAAAGCCAGUUUUGAAAAAUACAGUGCAAAACGAAAAAAAGAAGAUUGAUUAUAUUGAGUGUCUGGAUGAAAAAGCGAUAAAGGUUAUUGGUUUGGAAGAUAAAAAAGAAGAUGAACCGCUGGUGAUACCUAUGCGAGGAUCAAAAACUUGGCAUGAUAGAAUAGUUAAUAAAAUUGACGCAGAUAUCUUUGAGCCCAAAGUGAAAACAAAUUCAAAUGGAGAUGUGGUUGAUAUUGUGGUUAAAAAGGAGCCAAUUGGCGCAAUGGACACUGACGAAGCUGACAUAAAACCUGUACAAUCUGCAACGAUAAAACAGGAGGUCAAAGCUGAAGAAUCCAAACUGCCUAACACAUUGGAAGAGCAAGCGGCGCAAGAAAUCCUACAAGAUCUGCAUAGCACAGAAACUAACGGCAACGACCCAAGUAUUUUUUCCUUACCUGUUAAAGAUGCCGCCUCCUUAGCUGGUGAACAAGAGUCAACCUUGGAGGACUAUGAGAGCAUUCCAAUCGACGCUUAUGGAAUGGCUAUGCUACGUGGCAUGGGUUGGAAACCUGGUAAAGGAAUUGGUAAAAAUGAGAAAUUAGUCGAAGCAUCUAUACCUGCCCUGAGGCCAAAAGGAAUGGGACUUGGUGCAGAUAAAGUAACAAUGCAGAAACAAAACAGUAAACCAAGAACAAAGGAAGAAGAAGAACUGAAACUUAUAAAAGGAGCUUUUGUCAAACUGAUUGCUGGAAAGCAAAAGGAUUCCUAUGGGCAGAUUGAAGGUCUCGACGACGACGCGGGUAGAUUCAUAGUGAAAAUGGCACUAGGAGGAAACGUCGUGUCUGUAAAUGAAUCUGUCGUUCAAGCAGUGACAAAAGAAGAGUAUCUGAAAAAUGGCAAAGUCCUAAACUCUGCCAAGUAUCAGGAGUACAAGGAUAAAGAUACAGAUAACACAGGCAUUGAGAGUCGUUUGCCUAUCGUAGAAUCAUUGGAUGGAGAACGAGAGGAAAGAAGAGGGAGAAAGGAAAAUAAAGAACACGAUGAAAGUAUUACCAGUGGAAAGAGAAAAAUGAAGAAAUCCAGAAGACGGUCGAGCAGUGACGACAGUAGUCCCGAUUGUACAAGAAAAAGAAAUAAUUCGGAUAGUAGCGAGGUCGAAAAAAAGCCGAAAAAAUCUAAAAAAUCUAAGAAACACCGGAAUCGCGAUAGUUCGGCAGAACGAUCGAGUAGAAAGAAUCGAAAGAAGGAUAAGGAGCGGGAGAAAAGAAAGGAUAGAAGAUGUUCUGAAUCGCCAGAAAGAAGAAAGCGCAAAAAACAUAAAAGGUCCAGAUCUAGGUCACCUAGAAAAUGACUUUCAUUCAUAACGUAAUUUUAUUUUAUGACUACCCUGGACGAACAAUUGUAUCAUAAACUUUUCUUAAUAAAAUUUGUCCAUUUUUAA